AUGAACCUCUUCUCUCACUAUAUUCACAAGUACGCACUGGAACCUGCACUCCUCCCCAACUUGCUGCGCUCAAUCCGGGGCGCCAUCUUUCCAGGCAACAAGUUUGGCGCCACGCCGCCCACACUCGUCGCGCCUGCCAACGAGGAAGAACUUGCCUCUCUAAAACGGCGCACCGCCGAGGCCGUGUACGCCGUCUGGAGCGACAAAAAGAAGCCCAGCGAGGCCGUCCUGGCUGAGAUUGAGGGUGGAUUGCUCAACGUUUUCGACGACGCCUACUGCAAUAAGCACCUAUUGUACGGCAUCCUCGAGGCCAUUUUCGUGCGUUUGGUGCCUGAGCUCGCUGAAACAGGUGUCCUCGGCUUGUGGGAAGAACGGCUGAGCUAA